AACCACGCGGAUCACCAGCCGAAGAACUGGUUUAAAGUUAAACCUGAUUAGAAAAUAUAAUUCUUACCGUAUUUACGUGCCUUCAUAUAAAGAACCUGGAAAAACCACCCUUAUUUAUUUACUGAAUAUCGAAAUAUUGUAUGGAAAAUAAAGACGCUGACACUGCGAAUUUUAAUGUAAACUUUCCCGUUGAAAAUGUCGUCGUUGAGGGUACGUUUGGGAUGGAAAACGGAAUACAGGUAAUUGGCUAUGAAAUACGCUUUCCUGACAUUUUGAAAGACCUGAGUCAGGAAAAUGGUUAUCGCUGACAGGAAUCGUUUCAAAUAUAUGUCUUGUUUGGCCAGAAGACUGGACUCAGAUCAGGACGUCAUGAUCCUCACAAACCUGCUAAUGGCUCCACCUCUGCUUCAACAGCACUGCACCAACAGUAUGGAUGUUCAGUCCCCAGCAAUAAUAGACGUGGAGAUUUUUAAUGGCAAUGUUUAAACUAGGAAUCACGCUGAUUUGCAUCGCAUAACUCUAGGUGAUGUUUACGUAUAGUGAAAGCUGAGCAUAAACACCAGGUUCGAUAUCCCUCAUUACAGGGAGUAUUCAGCUGAAAACUCAUUUCACCUUAUCUUUCUGCUUUUGUGAAAAAAAGGUUAACCUCAAAGCAUCGCUGAUGGCAGCAGUCGUGCUCACUUGACUCCCACUUUUCUCCACACUGCUGGUACUCACAGCUGUACAUAAAAAAUGCAGCCUUGGCCUUUGUGUCUACACUUAUUACUGGUGGUUUUUCAAGCAUCGGUUUUCCUGGCAUGCGUCAUCUACCCAACUGUGGUUCCGCGUCUCUGUAGCUGAGUCCACCGCCUGGACCCAGAGCUCUUCACAGGAGGAGGAAGCCAAAGGGAGAAUGUGAAAGCUGAGAGCUGGUCAGCAUUAGAACCCGGUACCUUGAUGCCGUGAGCCGCUGUGUACCGCAACCAGGAGAUGGAAAAAGAGGCAAAACGAUGACUCACCCCCCACCCCCACAACACGCACACACUGAAUUGCUGCUGCUUCACCACCUUAGGUUUUUUGGCUCAUCGCUGGAUCCAUCACAUGAAUCGGCCAAAAAAAGGAUCUUCACCUCUUUAUUUUCUCAGAUGAGAGUUAGCAAGAUCUUUAAAAUCAAAGAUGAAGGAAAAAGCUUGUGAUUUGAUGCAAGGCUUCCUCUGUGUCUCCUCACGUGUGACUGAGUGAGAGCGGGCGAGCGAGUGAGCAAGUGAGAGAGAGAGAGAGAGAGAGAGAGGGAGAGAGAGUGGCUGAACCCAACACGAUGCAGCAGAAUGCUGUGGCAGACCUGACAUUUCUUUGAGCGGAGACCAUCGCGCUGGUCAGGACACGGCGCCUCCGUCCGUCUGCUGCUCCAGUUCAGCCUGAAUGGCCCAGCGGCACAGGAGCCACAGGGAGAGUAAUCACAGCAGCUUUCUGGAAUACCACGUCUUAUUGCCAGCCUCCUUUUCAGAGCACACCCCCCCUUCAACCCUCACCCACCCCCAACCUCUCUCCCCUCUCUCAGCUCAAGCCUAAUCAGGGAUAUGCACUGAAACGCGUGGCUUGAAUGAGAAUAGCCCUGGCUCUAUACACCGGGCAGAAGAAGUGCUACCGGAGGACUGGAACACCCCCCCAUCCAGCUGCAUAUCACGGCCUCAUCAUCGGACAGUCCUGCUGAAGCUGGGGGGGGGGGGGGGUGCGCCAUUGGUGCUGCGUGUCAGCUGGGGUGACUGUCUCUGGAGCCUCACCACCUGAGUGGAAUCAUCCACCGGUCGCGGUAGCUGAAGGGUGCUUCUCAUGGUCCAGAGCAGCUCCACUCUGAGUUCUGGGAAAGAUGUUCUCCAGUCCUGAAGUGUACUGGUGCUCUGCUUGAAAAAAAAAAUACAUAAAAAAAAAAAAUUAUACAAAUAUUAUCUUUGCUAUCAAUGUUACUGGCGACAAAAAAAGGGAAAAUUAACUUUAAAAAACUAUUUUGCAGAGAAGUAUUCUUUUGAAGGAUGGACACCAGACCGAAAAAAUAUGUUAUUUGUUGGCAGUUUUGAAUGUGUCGAUGUUAAUUGAUAGAUCUUGUGACUGUGCCACUCAUUCACUGCCACAAGGGGCCUCCUCUACACUGGUUCCUGUAUGGGAUUAGAAACCUGCUGGACAUCAACAACAAAUUGGAUUUUAGUGACCCUACACCCUAGCUCUGUGUACUGGUGGCAGGUGUGAGGCGUAUGCAUGAGGUGGUUCAAAGGAACAGCAAAUACCAGCAGCUUUACGGGAGAAAUAGAUACAACUGCUUUCUGAGAGGGAGUUGGGGCGCCCUGGAACACAGCACUCCAGCACAGUGGAAGAGUGAGAUGUAUGGAACCUGGCUGAGAGGGCCUGCCGGCUGCCGGGGCUGCGUGCGAAGAUGUUCGGGAACCACUGCGAUGGCAAAUGAGCUGGCAGGCCUCACAACCCAAGAUUCCCAAAGAGAGGACCACCAGCUAACGAAUUAUGAAUGUUGAACAAGAUGACGUCCUACCCACAGCAGGAGACGAUGAGAGGUCCUAGGUGGAACAGGGCCCUGUCUGACCCUUUGUUCGUUCUGCUGCUGGCGCUCCAGCUUUUGGUGGUGGCAGGCCUGGCGCGAGCUCAGACUUGCCCGUCCGUGUGCUCCUGCAGCAACCAGUUCAGCAAGGUCAUCUGCACGCGACGGGGCCUGCGUGAUGUGCCCGACGGCAUCUCCACCAACACGCGCUACCUGAACCUGCAGGAGAACCAGAUCCAGGUCAUCAAGGUGGACAGCUUCAAGCACCUCCGCCACCUCGAGAUCCUGCAGCUGAGCAAGAACCACAUACGCAGCAUCGAGAUCGGUGCCUUCAAUGGGCUGGCCAGCCUCAACACACUGGAGCUCUUUGACAACCGGCUUACCACCAUCCCCAACGGGGCUUUCGAGUACCUCUCCAAGCUGAAGGAGCUCUGGCUGAGGAACAACCCCAUCGAGAGCAUCCCCUCAUACGCCUUCAACCGCGUGCCGUCCCUCCGCCGCCUCGACCUGGGUGAGCUGAAGCGGCUCUCCUAUGUGUCCGAGGGUGCCUUUGAGGGCCUGAGCAACCUGCGCUACCUGAACCUGGGCAUGUGCAACCUGAAGGAGAUCCCUAACCUCAUCCCUCUGGUCAGGUUGGAUGAGCUAGAGAUGUCAGGGAACCAGCUCUCAGUUAUCCGGCCCGGGUCUUUCAAGGGUCUCAUACACCUGCAGAAGUUGUGGAUGAUGCACGCUCAGAUCCAGACCAUAGAGAGGAAUUCCUUCGAUGACUUACAGUCCCUAGUGGAGCUCAAUCUGGCCCACAACAACCUGACCUUGCUGCCCCAUGACCUCUUCACCCCCCUGCACCACCUGGAGCGGGUACAUCUGCACCACAACCCCUGGAAUUGCAACUGUGACAUCCUUUGGCUCAGCUGGUGGUUGAAGGAGAUGGUGCCCGCCAACACCAGCUGCUGCGCCCGCUGCAGCUCCCCCACCAGCCACAAAGGACGCUACAUUGGGGAGCUUGACCAGAACUACUUCAACUGUUACGCCCCUGUUAUCGUGGAGCCGCCCACGGACCUCAACGUGACUGAAGGCAUGGCCGCUGAGCUCAAGUGCCGAGCCAACUCUUUGACCUCGGUCAGCUGGAUCACGCCCAACGGCUCCAUAAUGACACAUGGGGCGUACAAGGUACGCAUCUCUGUGCUCAACGACGGGACGCUGAACUUCACCAACGUGACGGUGCAGGACACGGGCACCUACACGUGCAUGGUGAGCAACUCGGCAGGAAACACCACGGCCUCGGCGACCCUCAAUGUGUCCUCGACCGAGAACAGCAGCUUCAGCUAUUUCACCACGGUCACCGUGGAGACAAUUGAGCCCUCGCACGACGAGGGCAGGACCCCCGUGCAGCAGAGUGUGGGGCCCACCCCUUCAUCCGGCGGUUGGGAGCCCUCCCCUUCGACCACGACCACCACAGCCCGCACCCCUGCCUCCACUAGGACACCAGAGAAGGCCAUCCCCUUUACAGAGAUGGGAGAAGGCUCGCUCAAUGGGCUAGACGAGGUGAUGAAGACUACCAAGAUCAUCAUUGGCUGCUUUGUGGCCAUCACCCUGAUGGCUGCCGUCAUGCUUAUCAUAUUCUACAAGAUGCGGAAGCAGCACCACCAGCAGAACCAGCACGUGCCCUCGCGGGCCAUGGAGAUCAUUACCGUAGGCGAGGAGCUGGCGGGAGGCUCCACCAUGGAGGGCCAAUUGACACUGCCCCCCCUGGAACAUGAGCACCUCAACCACUACAACUCUUACAAGACAUACAACCACGCCUCCACCAUCAACUCCAUGCACAGCUCCGGGCAUGAACCACUGCUAAUCCGGGCUAGCUCAAAAGACAAUGUGCAAGAGACGCAAAUUUGACUCUGUUUCAUAAUUACAGAAAUAUUAUAAAACAUUAUUAAUAAAAAUGAAGAGUAAAAAAGACAGAGGGACAUGCAGCAAAGCAGCAGAUGGUAACAUUUAUCGAUGCUAUUGGAGAAAUAGGGUAUGUCUGCUGUUUCAAAAAGUGUCUUUANAA